ACAACCUCUGGAGUGACCAGAGCCUGGAGACAGACCCCGACCUCCCCCCAGGCUGGAGGAAAAUCUGUGACUCUCUGGGCACCUACUACUGGCAUGUGCCAACAGGCACGACGCAGUGGCAGCACCCCGCACGCACCACUGGCCCUGGAGGGCGCCCAGAGGCUGAUGGAGAGGAGACACCCCAGGGAACGGACUGCCAUGCCCCCAUGGCGAAGCACUCGGCGAAGGACAGGCCCAUUCCCAGCCCCAUGGCCUCGCUGUCCCGGAGUGAGAGCCAUCCCGUCAUCACCCUGUCCCUCUGCAGGACCUCUCUGCCCUGGCACGGAGAUGACUUCCAGAGCUCAGAUCCUGGCUCCAAGUGCUUUGCUGUGCGCUCGCUGGGAUGGGUAGAGAUCCCUGAGGAGGACCUGGCACCUGGCAAAAGCAGCAUCGCUGUCAACAACUGCAUCCAGCAGCUCUCCAACAGCAAAGGCCAGGGCUCUGCCGAGAACCAGGGUGAGGCCAUCAUCUGGUGGUCCCAGGAGUGGGGCAGAGACUUUGCCUUCGUGGCCAGUGACAAGGACACCUGCGUCCUCAAGUGUCAUGUCUUCCACUGCAAUGUGCCUGCCAAGGGCAUAGCCAAGGCCCUGCAUGAGAUGUGCUCCAAGAUCGUGGCUGAGCGAGCUGGAGCGAGCAGUGGACUGCCCCGGGCCACCAUGCUGAAGCCCAUCUCCACUGAGGACUUGCCGCUGCAAGUGGAUAUCUUGGAAGCAGUGAGGCAGUCCAUACAGACCUAUGAGGCGCUGUACAUCGGCAGCCUGCCAGUGUCCUGCUCUGCAGGGAUGGAUGUGCUGAAUGAGGCCAUUGAGAAGCUGACGAGGGGGCCCGGGCGAGAGCAUUGGAUGCCAUCCCUCAUCCAUGUGUCUGACACGGCCAUGAGGGUGCACCCAGCACAG